GUACGGUAUAACAUAAGUUUACAGUAGUAAACAAGCACAAUUCAUUUCACGACGUGGUUUCGUGAAGAAUGGAUAUGUCAUUCGGAUUAUUUCUGUAUUUAGUGUCUGUCUGGAUUAUUGCACAAAUGAUGUCUAGUACCUGUGCGUUUACCAUCUCUGGUAAUGGCACGGGAACUGAAGGAGCAUCGGUGCAUCUGGGUGAAAACUUGGAGCUGACUUGUAACUCAUUAAAAGAUGAUAUAAGUUCGGUUCAAUGGUACAAGAAACCUAGCGGCAGUAGUGACUACCCGACAAAAUAUUCAGUAGCAAUGCAAAUGAAUUCAAACAAAGAAUGCGUCUAUGACUUUCCGGCUCCUGACAACAUGAAAUGCGUCUGUGUUAGCAAGACAAAGUACACCUGUACUCUCAUUAGUGUGCAGAUGGACAUGAAUGACGAUAUGUGGAUGUGUAAUUUUAUAUACGGAAAUGACGAUAAUGCAUCUGCUAAGACCACUAGCGCUCUCACUAUUACGGUGACAGGUGAGACUAAAUUUGGCAUAACAUCGGUAACUAUUUCCCCUUCUGGUAUACAUCGCAUGUCCGUCAUAGCAAAUAAAGACGGCAUAUUCCAGUGUAACACAUCAUCUGGAAAGCCUUUAGCCAAAAUUGAAUGGUAUAAACACAAGAAAACUUCUGCUACCGGUGACGACACAAUAAUUACCUCGGGCAUACAAACAACAUCAUCAACAGCGACGGGGGAUCUUGUCGUGGCACACGAAACCCUCACUCUACCGGUACGGAGAGAAGACCAGGACAUGGGCGUCUACUGUCGUGCAAAAAAUGCGGGACAGUGGUUAACUUCCAGAAUAAUAGAGAUCAAUGUUUUAUACGGACCAGAUACACCUGUGUGCACAUCAAACAACAUCAACGUUUCGUCUUUAAUGAGGGUUAUUGUUGGCAGCACGUUCUCAAUAUUCUGCACAGCUGACAGUGAACCAUCGCCGUCAAGAUAUGUACUAUCUGGACCAGGUGUAAAUAACACGGAGCUGCAAUUAACCGGCAUAAAGAGAAUACAGGCAGGAUCGUACACUGUAGAAGUCAGUAACAAUAUGUCAGCAACUGGGAGUGAAAGCCCGGUUACUGGUCGAAACUCGUCCAAAUUUAACAUCGAUAUAUUGUACACGCCGUCUGUGCCAACCAUACGUGUAGAUGGUAAAGCAGUACAAGGCACGGUGAAAAUCAUCGAAGGAAAUAGCAAGGUGUUCAACUGCAGCACUGAGAGCAAUCCAGCGAGCAACUACAGCUGGACGUACCCACGUGGGUCUGGUUCUAACAGUGUAUUGCAAGUUAACGAUUUCAAACAUGGACCAGACGACGGGGUCUACACGUGCACCGCUCAAAACAGAUUGGAACCAUCGUUCGGCAGUUUCAAAAAUGGGUUGAAUAUGACUACUAUUACAGUCAAUGUCCUGUAUGGCCCGAAAGUGAUUACUUUACAAGACAACAGCGUUGUUCGAGGGAAGAAGUUUGAAUAUCGAUGUUUAUAUGAGCCGGGUAAUUCUUCCUCUAUGUCCUUCGAGUGGACAAGAUCCGGAACUACCGCACACUGGACCAAUCAGAUAACACAAAAUUUGACUAUUCCAAACGUUCAGCGCAGUGACGAGGCCAAUUACACGUGCAAAGUGUCAGGUGUUCUCGAGGAACCGUUGACAUUAGAAACGAUGGUAAAAAACGACACUGCAACGUUUCAUCUAGACGUCAUGUAUGGAGCAGAGAAAGUUCAGUUACUGCUUAACAACAAUUUGAGCACGCCUGUAGAAAUUGAGGAAAAUUCAACAAACAAUUUGCUAUGUUUGGUAGAAGGUAACCCCGCCCCGCAUAUGUUCAUUGCAAAGGACGGUAAAACAAUACUAGAAAGACCUGAAGUAAAUCAACUUACACAUGUUAUGAAGGCUGAAUGUUCUGACACGGGAGUCUAUAAUUGCUCAGGAUACAACCAGUAUGGGACGGCGGAUAACGCUUCGGUCCGUUUGUUUGUUAAAUGCUCAGCAAGGCAACCACCAGGAGUUGAUGUGAAACUUAAUUACAUCGCCCGUCAACAUGCAAAUGUGACACUGUCGUUUACAAUAGUUGCUUACCCAGUACCAGAACCUUCAGAUUUUGUAUGGAAAAUGUGCAACAAUGAAAGUGAGGGUUUUUGUAAACCCUUGGAAGAUAACAUACAUAGAUUUGAUAUUAAGACUGAGAGCCUUUCCAGCUCUUUAACAAUACGCAACGUCACAACAGAGGAUUAUGGAAUAUACCAAUUUUCUGUGUCUAACAACAUUGGAACACGAUUAAUCGAGUGGUUGCACCUUAAACCUAUAGGAAAGCCAAAUUUGCCUACUGAUUUCCAUGUAAUCCAAGAGGAAAUAAGGGAAACAAGUGUUGUUUUGACCUGGGUUCCUGGGUUUGACAACGGGUCGCCUCAAACAUUUUACAUCACUUAUGGAAAAAAGAGAGAUUCGUCAAAGAGGAUCACAAAAUCUAUAAAACACAAAAAUGAAGCAGAGAUGAAUUACACGUUAAGAAAUUUAGAAACAGAAACGGAAUACAUCGCUUCAAUUAACGCCUCCAACGAAAGCGGAUAUUCUCAAGCAAUUAACGACACGUUCAUAACAAUGAAACAUAUUACUGGCGAACAGAAAAGUCUACCGGUUGCAUUAAUUGGCGGAGUCGUCGGUGGUGGAGUUGUUGCAGUUUUAGUUCUUAUUGGAGUGAUCUUCAUUGUGAACAAGUUCAGAACAUCAGGCUACGCCAAAAACAGAGAAAAAAUAAGAGAUGACCGAGAAAUGAGCCAACUUUCCAGUCCACAACAGGACGAUGAUGAUCUUUCAGACGUUGUGGAAAAUGAGAUGUAUGUACCUGCUGGAGAUAUGCCUCAACGGAAAGGCAAUGAAAGCCGAAGCGAUAAAAACAUGGCAAAGGCUGUUGAGGAACUUUAUGCUCAACCCCAAAAAACAACAACAUUGCAGUCAUUGAACUCAGAUAUUUAUGCAGAGGUUAAGAAAGACAAAGGAAAAGGAAUAACAAAAACCGGUCACAAGAAGCAGUACGAUAACAAGAGUUUUGAGGAUGACACGAAUGAGAAUCACGACUUUCCCGAUACGAAGAAAAAUGAGAACAAAGGCGGGUUGAUAUACGCAGAUGUACAUUUGGCGAACACUCCAAAAGGUAGGAAACGUCUCGUCGUUCAUGGUCUCGAUGACAAAACCGAAUACGCAGAAGUUGAUCUUACGAAAAAGGUGGAUCCCUUACCGAAGAGCGAAGAAGGAAAGUCAGACUAGAAAGAGAACAAUUAAUAUACCCUGAACAUUUUAAAUUACAAAACCUGAUUUGCCAACUUAUUUUUACACCUAAAUCUUUUUCAUUACUAAUUUGAGCUUAAGAAGGUGGCUCUGUAUGAAAUUAAAACCUAGACCCAAAACAACAAAAUAUUUUGUCCGUACAAAAUGUAAGACAUUGUUUAUGCGUUCCAAAUUAUGUACAUUUAAGUUUCAAUUUCAUGACAAGAGUAUGUCAAUACCCUGACGUUGACAGCUUUUUAAAGCUUCGACUGAACCAUUUCAACAUACCUAUUUGGUUUUCUUAAUAUGUUUAAUUCAAUCGUCAUUUGAAACAUAUUGGUUCUUUUAGCAUGAAAAAUGUUUUUGUUUAAUAUGUCAUGUCAUCCAUUCAGCCAUGGGUGAUAUUUUGUACGUGCUAGAUUUAUAAAAGAAUACGUUGUUUUCUGUUUAAAUUUUAGUGCUAAUGUAAUUUUAUACACAUGUAAAGGUGUAUUAUGUUUGGCGCAUUUAUAUAGCAAAAUAGUACCUUAUAUUACUUUAGCAUUAAAUGUAUGCUUUUAAUUAUUUUUUAACAUGAACAUUGCUGUCGUUUCCUUUAUGAGUUUUGGUCAGAUAUCCUGUUUUUAACAUUACAUUUCUUAAAUAUAGUUUGCUGUAUAGAUAUUAACUUUCUUGUUGAUUAAUCAAAAUUAACGAACCCUUCUGUAUGUCGUUUUGAAUGAGUAUUUAAUUGACGUAAAAGAUGACUUAAUGAAUUUUUCGUCUGCAAUUUUCAAGAAACAGCCAAUUAAAUGAUAUGUUUUCUUAAUAUAAAGCAUUGAAGAUAAAAGCGUAUGUCACUUGUGGCUUCGCUUCUCGUUAAAAUAUAUUUGUUUUUAAUAAAGAGUAAAAUACAUAUAAAUCAAACGAAUGUUAACAAAGUUCCUAAAUGCUAUUGUUGUUGUUUUUGUUGUAUCUUAUAGUGUAUUUCAUUCUUUCCUUGUUUCCAUCGAAGUAGUUUUAUCAGACAUUUCUGAAGCGUUUAUCUUUGAUAACUACAUGAACAUGUACCUAUGAAAUACAGUUUAACAUAUUAUAUCAAAAGAAUUAAAUGUAUGAACAAAAAAUCAUAGAAUCUAGUAUUCAAAUACUGCUAAUUUGAUAAGAAAAAUAGCUUUGACGUGGAAAGUAUAGAUAUAUAUAUAGUUGCAACAUGCAGUUUUACGAUUUUCACGGCAUCCCUAUGAAUAAGUUUAGAGCGAUCACAAAACUAUCAAAUGAUAAAGCGAUCAAUUGCUAACAUGUAUGAAACCUGAAUUUGAUAGGAAUGCUAUUUUGCGUGAGAGGAUUAUUUAAGAACGUUAAGAGUAUGCUGCCCUGUCCUAAAAACUGUUUUAUGUUUCAGAAAAUAAAUGAUUAAUAUUUCGAAAACAAUGACAUUCAUUAUUGUGUUUUAGUGUCAUAAUGCUUUGUCUACAUAUGGCGAAUAUAGAAUUGCAAAUAUCACUAGGUCGGUUGCUCGGAUCGUUUGUUUGUUUUUAACCCUAUAAGAUUGAGAGCUAGUUUAAGUAUUUUAUUUGAACAUUGUCAGACUCGUUGAAGUACAAUUAACUUAUAUCACCAAGAACAUUAUUAACAAGAGAAAUAGAAUCGCAAUCCUAUUUAAAAAUAAUAAUUAACCAGUCACAAGCAUGUUUUGUUAAAACAAUGGAGUAUAUGAUUGUUUUCAACGCAUUUGAUAUUAUUGACAAUUUUGAAAGUACCUUGCAUGGAGACCGACCACAAGCCAAACUCAAAUGUUGUAAAAAAAAUGCAUGCGUUUAGCAAUUUUUAGCAUUGUACUUGAGUAAAGUUUUAAAGUGAUACAAAUGAGUAAGGACCCGUUGUCCAGUUUGCUUAUUUCGUAAAACGAUUUAUUUCAGCAUUCAUUCAUUUAGGCUUUAUUGACUUUGUGGACUGCUUCUCCGAUGGGUUUUUUGUUGAUGU